UGAAUAUCCAAUUGGAUUAGAGUCUUGUAUACAAGAUGUUGAAAGUCUUCUAAAAGCCGAGGAAAAUAUUUUUCGCAUGUUGGGCAUAUGGGGGACUGGUGGAGUAGGAAAGACCACAAUUGCGAAAGCUGUGUUUAAUUCAAUUUGCCAUAAGUUUGAAAGUAGUUGUUUCUUGUCAGAUGUUAGAUCUAAUUCAAAUGGCCUAGCCAUUUGAAUUAGAUUAGGCCAUUUGAAUUAGAUCUAACAUCUGCAAGAGAGACUUUUGCAUGAUGUUUUAAGGGACUCAAAUUUGAAGGUGAGCAGUGUUGAUCAGGGAGUCAGUUUUAUAAAGGAAAGAAUGCAAAAUAAAAAAGUUCUCUUAAUCCUUGAUGACAUGAGUCAUUCUAGCCAAUUAAAGAACUUAGUUCCAUCCCCUGAUUGUUUUGGCCCGGGCAGUAGAAUUCUCAUAACAACAAGAGAUAAACGUUGGUUAAUUGCUCAUGAAGUUAAUGAAGUAUAUGAGGUCAAGAUGUUAGAUGAUCGUCAUGCUUUGGAGUUGUUUAGCUUGCAUGCAUUCAAAAGAAAUGAACCUCCAAGCAAUUAUCUAGAACUUGCACAACAUGUUAUACGCUAUGCCCAAGGCCUUCCGUUAGCUUUGAUAGUCUUAGGCUCUCAUCUAUUUCGUAGAAGCACAGAGGAGUGGGAAGCUACAAUAGGUAGUUGCAAAGGAGGUCCUCAGGCAGAUAUACAUAAAGUUCUCAAACUAAGUUAUGAUGCUCUAGGACGAGAUUUAAAAGAACUAUUUCUUGAUAUUGCUUGCUUCUUUAAAGGUGAGGAUGCAGACCAUGUGAAACCAAUACUAGAAGCUUGCUACGACCACAAAACAAUGGUGAUUGGUAUUGCACAACUGCAAGAAAAAGCCUUGAUAAGAAUUGACAAAGAUGAUGAGAUUUGGAUGCAUGACUUGAUAGAAGAAAUGGGUAAAGACAUAGUGUAUCAGGAGUCACCUGAUGAACCCGGGAAACGCAGCAGAGUGUGGAGUGAAGAAGAUGUAGACUACGUUCUAACAAAUAAUACAGGUACAAAUAAAGUUAUAGGCAUUCAGGUCUCGUGGCGAUCAUCUACAAUAUCUUUAAAUGCUAAAAGCUUUUCAGAGAUGAAGAAUCUUAGAUAUAUUUCUAUGAGAAGUAUAUCCUUUUCUGGAUAUAUUGAUUAUCUCUCCAACCAGUUGAGGUGGCUCGAUUGGGAAGAAUGUCCGUUGCAAUGUUUUCCAUCUGAUUUUCAAGCAAACAAACUUGUGGAGCUCAACAUUACUAGCUGCAAAAUCAGACGACUAUGGGAGGGACGUAAGAAUUUUUCAAGUCUAACAUGUAUGAAUUUAAGUCAUUGUACAUCCCUAAAGAAACUCCCAGACUUGAGUGGAAUCCCUAACUUGAAAGUGUUGAAUUAAUUGGCUGUGAAUCCCUAAAGGAACUCCCAGACUUGAGUGGAAUCCCAGACUUGAAAGAGUUGAAUUUAAGUGACUGUGAAUUCCUAAAGGAACUCCCAGACUUGAGUGGAAUCCUUAACUUGAAAGAGUUGGAACUAUAUAAAUGUUUCGGUUUAGUGGAGGUUCCUGAUUCAAUUCAAUUCCUUCAUAAGCUUGUUACCUUGAACGUUGACGGUUGCUCUAACCUUAUUAUGUUUCCGAGAAAAAUCAACUUGAAAUCCUUAGAAACAAUCUCUAUUAGCUAUUGCAAGCUUGAAGAAUUUUCAGAAGUUGGGGAAGAGAUGGGUUUCUUGAGAAAAUUGGAUCUAAGAGGCACUUGCAUUAAAGAAUUGCAUCCGUCGAUUACAAGGCUUAUUAGGCUGGAAGAGUUGGACCUAACGGACAGUCAAAAUCUUACAAUCCUGCCGUAUAAUAUUUAUGAGUUGCACAAUCUAGAGGCUCUUUAUGCGAGAAGAUGCUCAAAACUGGCUACAUUUCCAAAAAUUCUAGUAAAGAUGGAUUCCUUGAGACAACUUUCUCUUGAAGGCAGUGACAUAAGAGAAUUGGAUGAGUCAAUUGGAAAUCUCGUUGGGCUUGAAGGGUUGUACCUCAGUUGUUGCAGAAAUCUUACGACUCUACCAUGCAGCAUUUAUGGGUUGCAAAAUUUAGAGUGGCUUCAUCUUGGUGGAUGCUCAAAACUUGUCAGAUUUCCAAGAAAUACCAAAAUUUUGAAUGCCGAUGGUUGCUCACUAUCACUUCCCAAGCUACGGGCGCUCUAUAUGAGAGGAUGCAGUUUAUUAUCAGAUUGUGAUUUCCUGAUGACUCUUGAUUGCUGGGAAACAUUAACGGACCUUGAUCUGUCAAGAAACAAUUUUGUUAGGCUUCACCAAAUUUGUCAACUUGCGGGAGCUUGACUUGGAGGGUUGCAAGAGACUCCGAGGAAUUCCGGAGCUUCCACCAAACGUUAAACCAAGAAUAAGAGGUUGUAAAUUACUGGGGCUGGGACAAAUUGUCGCCGUCAAUUCAAGAGCCAACUCCGAAGCGACAACGCCUUUUCGCCGGGGGGCAAGCAUCGAUGGUCCCCAUGUUCCCUGACCUGCACAGCGCCCAUCUGACUCGUUAAGGCUUUCUCUAUCGUCAGAACCAACAAAACCUCGUGGCCAGCGGCUGUCUCUGAACUCUGAACCAUCCACUUCAGAGUUUAGACAAUAACAUCAUUUAUUUGAGACACAGAGGAUGCUCUCAAGUCUAGCAUGGAAGCUUCAGUGGUACCUGCCUUUGAGACGUCAUGUAAAUCCAUGUUUGAGCAAGUAGAUGCCACAUUCCAGAAAGCAAUGGUUGAACAUGCAACUGUGGCUCAGCAGCAAUUUGAGUCUGCACAUUCGCCGUUGGCCCACGCUGAAGCUAUUAGCUUCGCAUCAUCAGAGACUCAAAUCCUAAGCGGUGAACUGGCUAAUGGCAACUGAUCUAAUGGGUUGGUUGAUCAAGAGUUUGUGUUUACCAUAGGAAGUGGCAUGAUGCUGGAGCUAUAAGCAUAUAUGGUGCUGGCGUUGUAUGCUGAGGUUAUUUCAGAAUAGCAGUGCUCAUUAAGAAGUUCUAGCCUGGCUUUGGCAAAGUAUCUUGCUUCAAGGUGAUGCAGCAGGUGUGCUGAACUUCUUGAGGAAGAAGGAAUUGGUUUUCAUUGUUUCUAAGGAUGGAAUUGAUGCUCGAUCUUAUGUGGUAAUUGAUGAGGGUUUUCACAGUCAUAAGCAAGUGGCAUGAGUGUAUUUAGAGGCUGCUGCAGGAUGAAGCUCUCUCUAACAAGUAACAAGCGAACCAAUAGUGAUAUACACCAACAGUGGUGAGACCAUUUGUUGGUCAGAGCAAGCAAUGGGUGCCAUUGAGUGGGGGGUUGAUGAAGAGUUUGCAGACAGUGACGUGAGGCUGGGGCUUCCCUGUAUGGAGGCUGCUGCAGAACACUUCCAAAUACCAUCACGGCAAUAUCUAAGGCUCUUUCUAACGAGCUAGUCUUUUGCAGUUAACGACGCUUAGUUGAGUUAUGAAAAUGAGAUUUAAAUACUUGUAAUCUGAUGCCACGAAGAAGGGCACGUGUCUUUUUCAUUUCCUUGUUUUGUAACUCAGAGGAAGUAGCAAAUUACUAUCACCAUGGUGCUGCUGCUGUAUGAAGACAGCCAAUUAGCGUUGCCUUGAUAUCUGUCAAGCUCAACUGCACUCAUUGGAAUUACAGAGAGUCGAUCGACUACAUUCACAGUUGAAAUGUAAUUCAUGAUAAAGAAACCAUCUUUUGUACCUCAACUCUCAUUUCCACUUCAAAUGACUCCCCUCUGAUUCGUAAAACAGAGUAGAGAAAAACAAAGGGUGUGUUGUUCAUGUACAAUUCUUUGAUUAGUGGCGAGGCUAUUGUUCCGAUGUUGCAUUGAGCGCGUGCUCGAAGAUUGUGGCUUUCUGUGAAGGGGUUCAGCUCCAUGGGUCACUUGUGAAGAUGAGUUAGGAGGAACACGUGUUUAUUGGGAACUGGAUCUUGCCCGGAAGGUGUUUGAUGAAAUGCUUGAGAGAAAUACUAUGUCGUGGACUAGUUCGAUUUGUGCUUUUGGUGACUAUGGUGCAUGUCAUUUCUGCUUGUGGAUUCAUGCUUAUAUCGAAAAAAAAAAAAACACGAAAUUAACUGUGACAUGUGGCUCGGCACAGCUUUAGUUGACAUGUUUGCUAGAUGUGGUGACCUUCAAAGUGCAAUGAAGGUGUUUGAUAACAUGGCAAGAAGAGAUGUUUCUGCUUGGACAGCAGCCAUUGGAGCAAUGACCAUGCAAGGAAAUGGGGAGUGAGCUAUAGAGCUUUUUGAUGACACGCUUAAGCAAAGGGUGAAACCAGAUGAAGUAGUCUUUGUGGCAGUACUUACAGCGUGCAGCCAUGUUGGUCUUCUGGAUAUCAUUGUUUUUUCAUUUGUUGGUUUUUCUGAGCUUUUAAUUCAUAGUGGUUAGUAACAUUUGAAAUUAGAAAAAUGGUAGUUGCAUCAACUGAUCAGCAUAUAUGGAUGGCUUGGAUCUGGGGUUACCAUACUAGCACCUUAAGAAAGAGGAGCAAGUACGUCUAGUUAUAUUUGGAAAGAACUUUGAUAUUAGUAAAUGGCUCCAUGGAUUAAUGGCAAUUUUGUUUUGUGUAUCUGUUCUUGAAAAGGUCUGACUGCCUGUAUUCCAUUGCAGUGAUCAAGUAGUGUGGUUGAUGAGACUGAUUAUCUGUACAGUCAUAGGCAAGUGGCACGAGGCUCUUUAGAGGCUGCUGCAGGAUGAGUACAAGUUUACAAUAUGUACGUAGACACAAGGAUUCAACAAACACAGAGGAUCUGAUAGUCGGAGGUUGGCUACAUGAUGAUGAGGUACAGGUAUGCCGUAUCCAUUGUCAUUGCCGACAGUGAAUUGGUCCCACCGUUUUCAGAGAAAAUUGAUGAUUAGAUAAGGAAGUGGUUUUCCACACAUCUUGUAUCCUGUUGUUAUUGAUCUUGCUUUCUGGUUUUUUUUGUUUUUUUGUUUUUGUUUUACUUUACUACUUGCCAUAUUGCAGGCUAUUGAGAUAUAAUUUCUGUUUGCAGGGAGGAAAGAGGUGCCACUGGGAAUGGGUGCAGAUUCUUCCCAACUCUGAAUAAGCUAGCUAGAAGCAAAAGUGUCUGCUGUUCACCUUAGUUGUGCACUUUGUGCCUACAAUAUUUUCCUACGC